AUGGCGGACAGCAUGGAGGGACCACCAGGGGGUCGUCAUCUGGAAACCAAGGGCCAAUGUUGCCGGUGCAACGGCAAUGGCACCUGCUACAAAUGCAAAUGUGCUAAAGAGAAUCGUAAGUGCACGAGCUGCGCGCCAGGACGGAAGUCGAACUGUAAGAACACCGUAACCGUACGAGAAGAGCCAGCCGUUAGUACCGUACCCAAGCCAGGGGCAGCUCCACCUGAGCAACUCGGAUUUGCGUCGCCCAACCGAAGAUCGACAACCAACACACACACCACUCAGAGAACGCCUGUCUCCGGUGCAACCACAGCGGAUGACAUAGCCUCCGCCGCACUCGCCGCUGCUAUGUCGAAUGUUUCAAGCUCUCAACAGCUAGCAUGGAACUUACUGGAAUCCGCGGAGUCUGCGGAGUCAAGCACCAGUUCAGAAGUGUCAACUUGCAAGCAUGCUGACGAUGUCAGACCUACACAGCGUGACAUGACAAUGAGGCCGGCUACCACAGCUGAGACCCCAGAGUCACUCACGUCUGCUCUGCUUGCGGAGUGCCGACAAGAGACUGUUUCAAAUUCUCAACAGCUGGCGUGGGACAUAUUAGACCAACAGCAUGACACUGACCCACGCGAAAUCCACACACACGCCCAAGCUGCAGAGUGUCGCGACCCGGGUGCUGCCCAUGCGGGUAGUAGUAGUAGUAGUAGUAGUAGUAGUAGUAGUAGUAGUAGUAGUAGUAGUAGUAGUAGUAGUAGUAGUAGUAGUAGUAGUAGUAGUAGUAGUAGUAGUAGUAGUAGUAGUAGUAGUAGUAGUAGUAGUAGUAGUAGUAGUAGUAGUAGUAGUAGUAGUAGUAGUAGUAGUAGUAGUAGUAGUAGUAGUAGUAGUAGUAGUAGUAGUAGUAGUAGUAGUAGUAGUAGUAGUAGUAGUAGUAGUAGUAGUAGUAGUAGUAGUAGUAGUAGUAGUAGUAGUAGUAGUAGUAGUAGUAGUAGUAGUAGUAGUAGUAGUAGUAGUAGUAGUAGUAGUAGUAGUAGUAGUAGUAGUAGUAGUAGUAGUAGUAGUAGUAGUAGUAGUAGUAGUAGUAGUAGUAGUAGUAGUAGUAGUAGUAGUAGUAGUAGUAGUAGUAGUAGUAGUAGUAGUAGUAGUAGUAGUAGUAGUAGUAGUAGUAGUAGUAGUAGUAGUAGUAGUAGUAGUAGUAGUAGUAGUAGUAGUAGUAGUAGUAGUAGUAGUAGUAGUAGUAGUAGUAGUAGUAGUAGUAGUAGUAGUAGUAGUAGUAGUAGUAGUAGUAGUAGUAGUAGUAGUAGUAGUAGUAGUAGUAGUAGUAGUAGUAGUAGUAGUAGUAGUAGUAGUAGUAGUAGUAGUAGUAGUAGUAGUAGUAGUAGUAGUAGUAGUAGUAGUAGUAGUAGUAGUAGUAGUAGUAGUAGUAGUAGUAGUAGUAGUAGUAGUAGUAGUAGUAGUAGUAGUAGUAGUAGUAGUAGUAGUAGUAGUAGUAGUAGUAGUAGUAGUAGUAGUAGUAGUAGUAGUAGUAGUAGUAGUAGUAGUAGUAGUAGUAGUAGUAGUAGUAGUAGUAGUAGUAGUAGUAGUAGUAGUAGUAGUAGUAGUAGUAGUAGUAGUAGUAGUAGUAGUAGUAGUAGUAGUAGU